AUGAAUGAAUACAAUCCAAGUGGAAGAUUUGCGGUACCUGAGUUAUGGAACUAUAAAGAAGGAAGGAUGGCAACUUUAGGUUUGAGCAGUUUGAUAAAGCUAAGCUGGUGUAUUUCUCGAGGAGCUUUUCUUUUGAUUUAUGGUCUGUCUGGACUUCUUGUUCAGAGUUCUAAACUUCUUGUUCAGAAUUCUGAACUUUUAAUACCUGCUCUGUUGGUUUUAAUAUUUUUGAAAGAAAUCAUGGAGCAAAAGAAUUUUCAAGAACGUCUAAUGAAGUUAGCAGAAGCUCAAAAGAAAGAAAAGUAUGAACUUCACCAACAGAUUAUGAAACUACAGAAAAAACAUGCUGACUUGGAGCUUCUAGAAUCGGAGAUGGAACAAAUGAGGGGGACUUUGGAAAUCAUGAGACCUUCUACUGAGGCUGACGAUAUGAGAGCAAUAAAAAAGAUGGAGUCCUUGGAAGGAAUCCUGAAGGAGAAGGAAGAUCAUCUUGAGGAUCUUGAAUGUUUGAAUCAAGCUCUCCUUGUUAAGGAGAGGGGAAGCAAUGACGAGGUGCAGGGUGCUCGAAAAGAGUUGAUCAAAUUAUUGAGAGCUAUGUGCAUCCCUAAGGCCUCUAUUGGCAUCAAGAGAAUGGGAGAACUUGACCACAAUCCGAUUGUUUCUGCCGCAAAGAGAAAGUAUCCUGAUGAUGUAGCAGGAGAGAAAGCAAUGGAAUUUUCUAGUCUAGUCGAAGAUAAACUUAGAGAUCCAGGCUGGUACCCCUUUAAGUUCAAAGUGGUUGGUGCGGGCCGUAAGGAAGCUAUUGAUGAAGAAGAUGAUUUUAUCAAAGCCAUAAAAAAUGAGUGGGGUAUUGAAGCAUAUGAUGCAGUGGUGACCGCAUUAACUGAGAUGAAUGAUUAUGAUCCAAGUGGAAGGUCCUCGGUUGAUGAGUUGUGGAACUUCGAAGAAGGAAGGAGGGCAACUCUGGCUGAAUGUGUUAAUUUCAUCGCAAAGCUGUGGGAGAAUUUUAUAAGGAGGAGAACCUGAACUUAUGGUACAGUUGAGGUGUCUGGAGCAUUUUGGACAAUGCACUCCUAGCUAUUUCUUUCUAUGCUAUGUUAAAAACCUUUUGUUUACGUUUCAAGACUCUUUGUAUGAAACCUUUUGCUGCAGUUUAUGUUUCAAGACUUUGUGUAUGCUGUUCAUGUUAAUGUUCACAUAUCUUUGAAGUUAUGAAAAUUUCAGC